GACCAAUCAGGUGCAGGAACGAAGCAGAACAAGGAAGUUGGGAGCAGGGCAAGAAGUUAGGCGAGACUGUCGGGGAGUAUUUGCGAUAAAUAGUUUAAACUUGAAGUCGCAGUGAUUUAACUGCUCAGUGUGACGGUUUGGUCUCUCUCUUUGCAUGUCUGUCAGUUUGUUAAACGCGGUUUAAACGCGUGUUGAUCCGCUUUGCUGAAGCAUGGAGUUAAAGGACGUGGAGAGGAGUUGCUGUGUUGUGAAGGUGUCAGAGACUUGUUCGGCAAAGAAACCGGUGAGCUGCAGCGGAGUUAUCGUCCACCCUCACGAUGGAACCAUCAUCUGCGCCGGCCUCCCGUUUUCACGCUUUAUUACCGACGGAGACCCCCUCUCUUGGGACCACGACUUCUUGCCACCGCACAGCUUCAGCGCUAAACUUAAAAUCCGCGUCAGCUUUUUCACUCAGCGACAUCUGGAUACCAACCAGAGCGCAGAGAGAGGAGCAUUCACACGCCCGAGAAGCAAAACAACAACGGGGCAACGGGAAGUUGCAGCCGAGCUGCUCAUGCUAGUGAACUGCGUGGAGUUUAAACACGCUUUUCAGGCAGUUUUCCAAGAGGCUGACCAGUGGCGUUUCCAUUGUGAUGAAGAGGAUGAGAAGCUGCUCAGAGAUUUCCACUUCCUUAGCUGGUUUGCUGUUCUCAGGGCAGGUGUUGUGGUAGAUAGCAGUCACUAUUCAGGCAGUAUCCCCUGGCAGAGCAGCACUUCUCUCCAAAAGGGCUGCCCAGUUGUUGCAUGUGGCUCACCUUUUGGCUCCCUCUGCUUGGAUCUCUUCAUCAGCACCCUCAGCAGAGGCAUCAUUAGUAACCUUGCUGGAGAGGAUAAUGCUGUCAUCCUCACAGAUGCACGCUGCCUGCCAGGCACAGAGGGUGGAGGAUUGUUUGUGGUGAAAGGUGCAGACAGUGUGCAUCUCAUUGGGCUGAUUGUGUCUCCAUUUGGCUGGAAAGCCAAUGAAUGGAUAGGCCUCACUCUGGUCUGCUCUGCCCACUUGGUCUUCAGGAACAUCAUCAGCUGCAUUAGUGUUCAAGAUCCCCUCAGAGAUGUUUGGCUCCAUCGGGGAGAGUCAGGUCUCCAGAUGUCCACCGCAGCUCAUGGGUCAAAAGCUAUUAAAUACCCCACUGUGUGCUUUGUGGACAGCGGACAGUUCUGGGGCUCAGGGGUUGUUGUCACCUCUCGGCUGGUUGUGACUUGCAGGCACGUUGUCAACAGGAAGUCUAAAGUCCAUUUGAAGUUCCAUCACAGGGACAGAGUCCAUGAUACAGUGGGUGAUGUCCUUUUUUCCACUAAAGCAUCUUCACCCUAUGAUCUCGCUUUGGUGCAGCUCAGAGACUCUGUCCCAGAAGCUGUGGUCCCUCGCAUGUCUCAGAGUUUCAUUCCAGGUGAAUCUGUAGUUGUUGUUGGAUACGGUGGGCUGGGUCGGAGCUGUGGUCCGUCCCUGACCUGCGGCGUCCUCUCCAAAGCCAUUAGCUGGAAUUGCCAGCCUGUCAUGCUCCAGACCACAUGUGCAGUACAAGCAGGGACCAGCGGGGGUGCUGUGGUGCAGAAAUGCUCAGGAGAGCUGCUGGGUAUUGUUUCCAGCAACACACGGGACUUGGCCACUAAAGUGACUUACCCGCACCUGAACUUCAGCAUCCCAGUGACUGUUUUCCAGAGAUUGUUGCAGCACUUUGAGCAGACAAAGGAUGUUAAUGUAUUCAGUGAGCUGGACACCACAGAAAAAGAAGUCAGGAGGGUGUGGAGACUACAAGGUGCUCAAAGCAAAUUGUAACCGAGGACCCCCGCACUACACUGACAUGUCCUAGAGAUGACAAAUCAAAAUGGAUUAGAUUAGACAUUUGUCACACAGCUGAAGGAAUAAUUACUACUUAAUUAUCAUCCCAGAGUCAUGUGGUUAACUAUAAAAUCUUCAUAAGACUACUGAUUUUAACAGCCACUUUAAGUACAUUUAUACA